AAUAAAUCAGACAAGAGCGGGACUAUUCUUCACGGCGGAGGAGCAGAGCCGAUCGCAGGGUCCACAGCCAGCAGCAUCUCCCCUCGGCGAGGCUGCCUUGGCGUUUCCUUCCGCGGGAUGCAGGCAGAGCCUCUGUCAGAGCCUGGCAUCUCGCAGCACGUGGAUAUUCGUAGGUAGACGUCACGGAGGACGACGGUGCCUUGCUGCAGAAGAGAAGGCAUUGAUCUCUGUAUCUUCCUGCUCUUUUUCCCAGGAAUCUGAUAUACAGCAUGUAAGAAAUCAUAUCAAUACGCUUGAUGUUGCCGUUUUGACAAAAACGUAAAUAAUCGACUGGAUACUGGGAAGUAAAUACGUAACACGACUAAAUAUAAAUCGGCGGAAAUGUGUCCGCUUCGGUCCUGGAUAAACACUGAUGUCCAGUCCGGCCGAUCCGGGGAACUGCGCUCAUCGGAGGACCCUGAAAUGAAUGAAGACGCCCUUUCAUAAUGACAGCCAGCGUUUUAUACGUGCACUUCUCCUCUCCUGCUGUCCUGAUUUAAAUAUUUGAAGUUUUUCGUCCAGAUUUUAUUUUUCUGCUAUGUCAAGAAAUGGGAACGCACACAAAGCGUUGAAACAGAAGCGCUUAGCCGGAGGCGAGAUGUGGCUAACCAAGUGAAGACAGAACUGCACACUUUGGGGGGUAUUUCCAUUGCGUAUCAUGUCACGGCUGAGAGAUCGCGAUGUUGAUAUUACCUAGCUUUAUAAAUUAAUCAUAAAGCCCUCUUCGCGGAUUAUGCUGUUUAAUUAUAGCUAGCUGGUUUUGUGAUUAUCUGGGACAGAAAUGACACCCGGCCACCCACACUGACCCACUGACUGAGUCUGCAGGUGCGGUCUUUAAUUCCACUCAAAUGUGCAUGACAUAUUUUCUUGCAUUGCAUAAUGUUUAAACUUGAACCAGUACUCCCCCUCUUAAAUGAACUGAUGUAAAUAUGUAAAAAUUGCAUGUGGCAAUCGAAAGAUGGUUUGUUUACCGUUUAAUUUUUAGGCAAAUAGCUUCUAGGGCGAUCUUGUUAAUAUAUGGUGAUGGAGCGAAAUGUUACCCAAUAAAGUCCAAGAUAUACAGGCAGCCCGCACAUCUGAGCAUCCCGCGAGGAAUAACACGAGAUACCGUGGUCUCUCCUCGGAAGGGAGCACGGCCACUAUCAGCCGAGAGUGAGACGCGGGUGUCCGGCAUGGAGACAGUAGGAGAUUUUGAGUAUAACAAAAAGGACCUUGUGGGACACGGAGCCUACGCGGUGGUGUUCAAGGGGAGACACAAGAAGAAAAAGGGCUGGGAAGUGGCCAUCAAAAGCAUCAGUAAAAAGAAUCUCUCCAAGUCUCAUUUUCUCUUGGGCAAGGAGAUCAAAAUAUUAAAGGAGCUUCAGCAUGAAAACAUAGUGGCGCUCUACGAUGUCCAAGAAACGGCCGCCUCAGUCUUCUUGGUCAUGGAGUUCUGCAACGGAGGCGAUCUGGCUGACUACCUACACGCUCACGGCCCCCUGAGGGAAGACAUUCUGCGAGCUCUUCUCAAGCAGAUUGCAGCUGCCAUGCAAGUGCUCCACAGCAGGGGAGUCGUUCACCGGGACCUCAAGCCUCAGAACAUCUUGCUGUCACACACAGGCAGCAAGAAGUCCGGUCCCUCUGGGAUCCGUGUCAAGAUAGGUGACUUUGGCUUUGCUCGGCACCUCCAGAACAACAUGACGGCGGCCACGCUCUGUGGGUCUCCCAUGUACAUGGCUCCAGAGGUGAUCAUGUCCCAGAACUACGGUGCCAAGGCAGACCUGUGGAGCAUCGGGGCAGUGGUAUACCAGUGUCUGGUGGGCAGGCCGCCGUUCCAGGCGAGUUGUCCCCAGGAACUGAGGCUCUUUUAUGAGAAGAACCGGAUCCUUGUUCCCGAGAUCCCAAGCGGGACCUCUCCACAUCUGGCACACCUGCUUCUCGGCUUGCUGCAACGGGACCAGAAAGAUCGCAUGGAUUUCGGUGCCUUUUUUAACCACCCCUUCCUUACGGCCACCGAAAUGGUCCAGAAAUCCUGCCUGGUGUUCAUGGCCAGGCCCCCGGAUCCCUUCCCGGGACGGCACCCUUCCUGUCACUCCGCCUCUGCCGUGUCUCUCGCAGACCCGGUGGUGACCUUUAUUAAACCGGCCCAUGACAUGUGUGGGUCCAGGAAGACAGGAGCAACCGCCUCAGAUACAAGGGUCCUCUGUGUGGUGACUCCGUGCACCAGUCGUCCAAUAGGAGCAGUCAUACGCAGGCCAUCUGUUGAGUCUCAGCCAAUGAAGGCAGUUGGUCGAAGGCCCUCCAGUGAGUACCAGCCCCUGAGAGUGGCUGGCCAAGUGCCCUGCAGUGAGGCUCGACCAAUGGGAAAGGCGGGCCGACAUCCAUCUAACGAAUGCCUCCUGUUCCCGGGGAUGCCUCAGCCCUCCCCCAGACGUGGUGCUUCAGAGUGCACCCAUGGCAGAUUAACACCCGGACCCAUGACCCCCCAGCCUGUGCUGGUCAUCACCCCCAGGUCUAGCCCACUGUGUCGUUCCAGUACCAGUCCUGUGGCUUUCCCCAGAGUGUGCUCUACAGACAGAUCCCGGCCUGUGUGUCGGCGCCGGUCCACAGGGUCCACCCGGCCUUUCUCCCCCAUACCUCUGGCACCUCCAUCUCCGAUACACUGGGCUCCCACUCAGACCGACGUACAGCCACCUCAGCGAAAGCUCCUCAAGCAGCACUCCGACCCCCUGCACUCUGCUCGCUCGACCCAGUCCAGCUGCCCAUCCCCUCAAAAGCCCCGUCCUGUCAGCUUGGGCACCACCCCAACCUGGCAGCUGGCCACCACCCCUCGCUCUUCUGAUUGGUUCUUGAGGACCCCACUCCCCACCAUCAUUGGCUCUCCCACAAAGACCGUGGCACCUUUCAAGGUUCCCCAGACCCCCCCAAGUCAGAGCUUCUGCCCCCAAUAUGUAAACAUGCACGGCGCCCGCUCUCGUCAGCCAGACCCCAGGGCCACAAGGAGUCACUUUGGCAGGUCCGUCAGUGCUGGUCGCAUCUCGGAUCGAUCACCUGGGCCCGGUCUGAGAAGGCGUUUUCUCCACUGCAGCACUGACAGCCUGGAGAGGCUUGAGGAUGCAGUGACUGUUAGAGGGGUGGUCGGCAUAGUGCCGCCAGAUCCCCCCCAGGGUGCGGCCUACACCAGCCCCCCUCCUAGCCUGGAGAACCUCGUUACGUUUGAGGCCCCUGAGCUGCCUGAAGAGACACUUAUGGAGGAGCAUGCGGACACCCUGGCACACCUGCGGAUCAUGCUGUCAUUCGCGGAUGUUGUGCUGGAGAUGGUGACGCGGCGAGGGGGCGGAGCCGAACUCUAUGGUCCCCAGGACAGUGUUGUGGUCGACCAGGUCGGCCAGCUUAGCAAACAGUGGGGGCAGGUGGAGCAGCUCGUCCUCUACAUGAAGCUGGCACAGGUUCUGGCGUCUGCUCUGCACUGCGCCAAAGCUCAGGUCACGUCGGCCAAGCUGCAGCCCUCAACUGCCGUCAAACAAGUGGUGAGGGAUCUGAACGAUCGCUACAAGACCAGCGUCGCGUCCUGCCGCCUCCUCACCGAGCAGCUCCAUGGCUUCUUCUCUGACAAGCAGCGCUUUGUGGAUGAGGUCGCCAGCGUAGCUGCGGAGAAACUCAUCUACAACCAUGCGGUGGACAUGGUCAAGUCUGCUGCACUGGAUGAGAUGUUCCAGCAGGGGGCCGACAUCAGCCAGCGCUACACGGCGGCGUCUGUGCUCCUGCAGGGCUUGUCCAAAAUUCUGCAGGACCCCAUCGAUAUUGAGAACGUCAACAAGUGCAAAGCCAGCGUGGACCGGCGGAUAGCAGCACUGACCUAGCAAAUGCCGCGUCUUGUUUCGGUGGACAGAACCCCCCUCCCCUUACCGGAACCACGUGGUCACUCGCUGCUUGGAUAGAAGCCAAAACCAAGCCGAAACACCUAAGAGAACUUCUGAAGAACGGAGGAACACAGGGGACACUAAAUUGAAGGGCAGAUCCCGGGUGCCGAACAGCUCGCUGACAUGAGAUAUGCGACCAGUUCGGCAUGGAGGAUCGUGACGAGAAAGGAAAUCAUACAGUAUGUGGUAUCAAACACAGAAGAACCAGAUGAUAAAGGGCAAGGGUUAGCCAACUUCAGAGUGUCGCCACUGGACCUGGAAGUGUUGAUACUUUAUUGAUUUAAAAUGUAAUAAGGUUUGCAGAGAGUGUUGGAACUUGUCUCACUGUGCUGAAUGAACAGAUGGGUUUAUUUGUGUUUGGCAGGAAUACUAAGAAAUGCUAGAACACACACACAAAUACAAACAUCACAGAAAUAUCAACAGCAGUAUCAGCAGCAGAGGAGACUACAGCUGUUUACUUACAUGGUGGGAGUGCUACAGUAUGAUUGGAGUUCUGACACAUUGACUCCACCCCUAAGGUCCUCACCUGGCUCCACCCCCUCGGUGGUGACGUCAUGGUGAGCGACAUACCCACUGUUGCCGUAGACCAUGACCCCAUCUCAGGAAAAACAGAUCAACACAGAAACACAAUGACCAACACGUCAGCAGUCUUCCGACACGGGAAAACGGGACAUCUGAAAGUAAAAAAAAAACAGCAUCGGAACAAUAUUUUUUAUUAAAUUAUAUACAUUUGUUAGAAGAUGUUGAUAUAUUUAUAACUUAAUAUAGCUGACCGUUUUUCCAGUGUAAAUAUCUUGUUUUGCAUAUCAUGUUUAUGAAUGUGUGAGGAAGCAGGUGAAAGCCAGAUGCUCUUUAGUGUGGCACUUCUCUGACCAGUCCUCAGGGAACCCAGACGGUCCCCAUUUUUCUUCUCCCCCAAUUCCCUGGGAGUUGGGAGGGAGUAAAAACAUGGACUGUAUGGGGGUCCCCGAGAAUUGGUCUGAGAAACACUGCUUUAGAGAGGUACUGUGCUGAGAUUCAGUUGGAACUCGGCAUUACUGAUGCUAUCACAAUCCCCCUACUAUCCUGCACACCCACUGUCCCAUCCCAGUGACCCUAAGAUUCUUUUACUCUUGUAAAUAUUUGUUAAGAUCAGUAUGGGAUGUGUUUUGCUGUUGAAAACUUUACAACCAAGAUGGCUGUUACUGGGUCGUUCUGUGGGCAUCUCCACCAGGAGAUAACACUCCGUUAUAGACGCAGGAAAUACUUUGCCGCAGAGCUAAUCCACUGGGGGGGUUGGCAGUGAGUGUUUCCUGUUCUGAGAGUUAUGAGAUAGCAUGAAGGGUGCUGUGGAAGGCCUCUGUGUGACGAGCCAGCAAAAAGCAGCUUCUGAAGUGGAAGAGGGUUAGGUAUCUCCCUGGUAUAAUAGGAGUACUUUAACCUGGUGUAUCUGUUAUGCCUAUGGGUGAGAAUUCAGGAAAAAUUGUCUAACAAAAGAAAAAUCAUGUAAAUGUGUACUGUACUAUUCAAGAAAUGACAGAAUGUAUUAAUCCCCUUUCUUAAUCUUUCUUGUUCAACAGAAUAUUUAUACCUGGGAAUAUACAUCACCAAUGGAUGUAGGUAUUUCACUUUUCUGUGGUCUGCGACCUAUUUUUCAAAUGAAAACGGUACUGUGUGGUUCAGUUUCUAAGUAGAGGAAUCACUGGGGAUGCAUUAAUUACCAGGUGGAUAAUUAAAGGAACCUUGAAUUUCA